ACCAAUUUAAUGGCCACAACAGUUUAAUUAUUAAUGCUAUUGUUAUUAUUUGUAAUGACGUGUAUUUAAACGAUUUGAUACAUUUUGCGAGAUAGUAUUGUUUAAGCAUAAUAUUUAAAAUUCAAACCUAUAAAUAGCUAAGUAGGGUUACGACAAUCUAAACAUACAUAGGUAAGACCUUAAUGUAUUUCAGUUGUGACCGUCGCAUUGUCAACAGUUGCUAAAAAAAAUGAAAAGAAUUAUUAUCGUUUUCUUGUUCAUUGUUUGCGUAGCAUGUCAAUUUCACAGAAAAGAAGAAACUGGGCAUAAACCAGAUCGAAAAAAUCAACCAGAAUCACACCAUUUACAUGCUAAAAAUGUCCCCCAGAAAAACAAUUUCUUUCGGGUUGAAAGAAAUCACCAACAUACUAUUAUGAGAGACGAACCAGCAGUUAUAGAUACGAGACCUGCCAAGAUACCAUCUCUAAUGACUCCAUCAAACGCUUUUGGAAUGUUAACACCAAUAGAGAUUGACCUUGCUGAUAAAUGCUUUCCUAAGCCCAAGUGUGAUCCCAUUUCACCAUUUAGAACUAUAGAUGGUCGUUGUAAUAAUUUGAAUUUUCCAGUUUGGGGACAGGCAAAUACAUCGAGUACCCGAAUAAUCGAAGCAAAUUAUUUUGAUGGUAAAUCGCAGCAAAGAAAAGCGAUUUCGGGUCGCGAAUUGCCUAAUUCCAGACAUAUACGAACGACAAUAUUCUUAGACAUGGAUAAACCUGCACUAGAACAUAAUGUAUUGGUCACACAAUUUGGACAAAUGAUUGCACACGAUACUGAAUUGACAUUUCCUAAGCUUGCAGGAAAUGGUGGUAAACUUGAAUGUUGUAACCCAGAUGGUACGACUCCAAAAUUUCUACCGAAAGGGUGCCUUCCGAUUACAAUCCCACAAGACGAUCCUGGUUCGAAAAAACGAUGUAUGUCCACUCCACGAGUAGCUGACACGUCAGACAUAGGUUGUCAAAUCCAACCGGUUCGACAACUCAUUGCUGUUACUAGUUUUAUUGACGGCUCGGCGUUGUACGGUUCGGAUGCUGUUACAGCAAGAAGUUUACGUACAUUUAAUAAUGGCAAACUGAAAGUACAGUUUGGAUCUAACGGAAAAUCGUAUUUACCAAAUGUAAAAAAACCAUCAAAGUCGUGUAACGUUCCUACAGAUAACUCAGUAUGCUACGCUUCAGGAGAUCUAAGAGUUAACCAACAUCCCAAUAUGGCAGUCAAUACAAUUUCCUUAUUACGAUUACAUAACAUACUAUGCGAUGAGUUAAAUAGAUUGAACCCCGCGUGGAACGACGAAAAAAUAUACCAAGAAGCCAGGAGAUUACUCAUCGCAAUGUACCAGCAUGUUACAUACAAUGAAUUUGUUCCGGUAAUUUUGGGAAGAGAUUUUUCCAGAGAAAAUAACUUAUUACCGUUAAGUCAAGGCUUUAACAAUAAUUAUGAUGCAUUUUUAAACCCGACUACAUUUACUAGUUUUACCGCUGCUGCGUAUAGAGCUCUCCACAGCUAUAUACAAGGAUCCAUGGAUUUAGUUAAUGAAUCCAGGCAAACCACGUCAACGCUACGUCUAAGUGAUAUUUUUUUAAGACCCGACAUAGUACAAAAUAAAGAUAAUUAUGAUAGCCUCGUUAGAGGAAUGCUUACUCAGCACGCACAGGGACAAGAUCAAUUUUUUACCAAAGAAAUAAGUGAAUUUCUAUUCAAAACCCCGAACAAAACAGACGGCGUUGACUUGAUCACCAUAGAUUUAGAACGUGGCCGAGAUUUCGGGGAACCCCCCUAUAAUAAAUUCAGACAACUAUGUGGAUUGAAAGCUGCUAGAAAAUUUAGUGACUUGACUGAUCAAAUAAGUAAAAAAAACGUCGACGCCUUAGCUAGCUUGUAUGAACAUGUGGAUGAUAUUGACUAUUAUGCAGCUGGUACUUUAGAAAAACCGAAACCGGGAUCCAUAUUUGGGCACACAUUCCAGUGCGUUAUAGGUGAAAUGUUUUUCAGAUGGAAAUUUGGUGAUAGAUUUUUUUACGAAUUUGGAAACCAACCGGGUUCUUUUAGCUUAGACCAACUUAAUGAAAUACGAAAAACGACAUUAGCUUUCCUGAUGUGUGUGACUUCAGACAUUCGUUUUAUACAACGGAAUGCAUUUGAUGUACCCAGUAGUCGAAACCCUUUGGUAUCCUGCAACUCAAUAACGAAAUUCAAUCUGGCUCCUUGGAUAGACAGUCAAUAAGAAUAUUGUGUCAAUUAGUUUAUAUAUACAUAUAUAUUCUAUAUUUAUAUACUUUGUAUCAUGUAGUAAAUAAGUAUAAAAUAUUAUACAUUUGUCAUUAGAUAUUUAAACAUGUUUAGUAUUAGAAGUUAGAACAAAAUUGUUACACAUGACUCGUACUACAUGAAAGAUAUUUUAAAAAACUUAUCGUUUUAUUUAAAUUAUUUAAUAUCUAUAUACUUUUUACUUUUAGA